UUGAUCAAGGUAGAUAAUCAACAUAAACGACAUUCAGCAACAUGGCUUCUAAAGCUGGGAGAAAAUUUGGGAAAGCUGUUUCUAUGGCUGGUAAACAAGUUAUGGAUAAAAGUAAGCAGAAACAACCUCAGAUCUUAAAACCUACUAUACCAUGUGGCAAAGCUGUAGCUGCUCCGCCAUUAGGACCUCAACUCGGGCAGCUUGGUGUUGCGAUAGGAACGUUUUGUAGAGAUUUUAAUGAAAAGACGGCUCAUUUUAAACCUGGCAUCCCAAUGCGUACCAAAAUCACUGUAAAUCCUGAUCGCAGUUACCAACUUGAAUUGAUAUCUCCACCAACAACAUUUUUCCUCAAACAAGCAGCAGGCAUAGAGAAAGCAGCUAUGGUUGGAGGAGAUGAAGUAUCCGGGAAACUAACCUUAAAACAUAUUUAUGAAAUUGCUAAAAUUAAAAGUGAAGAUCCAGCUUUCUUAGGUCAAACCUUGCAGAACAUUUGUAAGGGCCUUAUUGGAACAUGCCGGUCAUGUGGCAUUAAGGUUGUCCAUUCACUAGAUGUUGAGGAAUAUACUGCAUUUUUGGAGGAGAGACAUGCUUUUGUGAAAGCAGAAGAAGAGAGACUUGAAGAACUGAAGCAGGCAAAGAUGUUACGAAUAUGAGACAUUGAGAAGAAAAUAAAGUAUUUUUUAAAAAAACAGAAA